UCCGGCUGUUGCGGAACUCCGGGCUUUCUUUCCCCGUGCCGUCAGCGGACUACAACGUGUCCCGACAAAAUGGCACUUUAUAAUUUCAAGAAGAUUAUGGUGGUUCCCACCGCCAAGGAUUUCAUCGAUGUCACUUUAUCCAAAACCCAAAGGAAGACGCCCACGGUGGUACACAAACAUUACCAGAUUCACCGUAUCCGACACUUUUACAUGCGAAAGGUGAAGUUCACCCAGCAGAACUACCAUGACCGCCUCACGCAGAUCCUUGCCGACUUCCCCAAGCUCGACGACAUCCACCCUUUCUAUGCUGAUCUAAUGAACGUCUUGUAUGACAAAGAUCAUUACAAGUUGGCCUUAGGACAGUUAAACAUUGCCAAGAAUCUGAUUGACAACUUUGACAUCUUCUGUGGUAAAUCCAGCCUGGAGUACCUGGAGCAAGUGCGUCAGCAUCUGUCCCGUUUGCCAAGCAUCGACCCAAACACGAGGACCCUGCUUCUGUGCGGUUACCCCAACGUGGGCAAGUCCAGUUUCAUCAACAAGGUGACCAGAGCUGAUGUUGACGUCCAGCCGUACGCUUUUACCACCAAGUCUCUGUUUGUGGGUCACAUGGACUACAGAUACCUCCGCUGGCAGGUGGUGGACACCCCCGGGAUCCUUGACCACCCUCUGGAGGAGAGGAACACCAUCGAGAUGCAAGCCAUCACGGCUCUGGCUCACCUCAGGGCGGCGGUUCUUUACGUCAUGGAUGUUUCUGAGCAGUGCGGUCACACCCUGCAGGAGCAGCUGGAGCUCUUCAACAGCAUCCGACCCCUGUUCGCCAACAAGCCUCUCAUCAUUGUGGCAAACAAAUGUGACGUGAAGAAGAUCAGCGAGCUGUCUGAGGAGAACCAGAAAAUCUUUGCAGACCUGUCUGCAGAGGGAAUCCCCGUCAUCGAGACCAGCACCCUGACAGAGGAGGGCGUCAUGCAGGUUAAAACCGAGGCGUGCGACCAGCUCCUCGCUCAUCGCGUCAACACCAAGAUGAAGGGCAAGAAGGUCCACGAUGUUCUCAACCGGCUGCACCUGGCCAUGCCCGCCAAGAGGGAUGAGAAGGAGAGGCCUCCGUUCAUCCCAGAGGGAGCCAUGAUGCGCAGGAAAGCGAUGGAGGUGGACGCACCCAAACGCAAACUGGAGAGAGAUCUGGAGUUGGAGCUGGGUGAUGACUACAUUCUGGACCUUCAGAAAUACUGGGAUCUAAUGAACGAGGAUGAGAAGCGUGAUAAGAUUCCUGAAGUGUGGGAGGGCCACAACAUCGCAGAUUUCAUUGAUCCCGGCAUCAUGAAGAAACUGGAGGAGCUGGAGAAGGAGGAGGAGCUGAAGGAGCGAGCCGGGGAGUACGAUUCCGACGAAGAGAGCGAGGACGAGGAGAUGCAAGAGAUCCGCAUUCUUGCCAAACAGAUCCGCGAAAAGAAGCAACUCAAGGUCCUGGAGUCGAAAGAAAAGGAUGUGCAUGGACCUCGCAUGCCCAGGACCGCCACCAAGGUUGAAAGGAAGCGGCUCGAGAAGGAGAUGGGUAACCUCGGUCUGGACAUGGACGACAAGGACGAUAGUCACUACGCGCAGCAGGCCAGACGCUCCCGCAGCGUCGCUAAGAAGCGUAAGCGUGAAGCUUCGGCCCCUCCGACGUCCCGAACCCGCAGCCAGAGCGCCUCCCGUCCACCCCGAGACCAGUCUGGUUUACGAGAUGCAAAGAUGGCGAAGAAGACAAAGAAGAUGAUGAAGAAAUCCCAGAAAGACAUGAACCGCCAGGGCAAGAAGGGAGAGGCAGACAGACACGUGUUUGACCUCAAACCCAAACACCUCCUGGCUGGGAAGAGGAAGUCGGGCACCACAGAUCGCAGAUAAAACUGCUUUUCCUGGACUGUUGACACCUGGACACUCUGCUGGCACCAUUGCCGGGGAACCAUUUACAUGAUUAGUGAUUAUAUUAAUACCAAUUUUCAGCUCAAGCAUUUGCUCAUGGAAGUGAAGCUCAGCUGUAAUGAAAACAUAACUAUAUUGAAUGGCAGAGACUUUGUAGUGGUUAAUGUCUUACUGUGUUACUGCAGUAGUUCAUGUGUGAGGCUGAUUUGUAUUCAGUGUCAGGUUUCUUCUUGGCAGUAUCAGUAAAGUGAAACCUUUUGCCUUACAGCUCGUAUGUGGCUCUACUUUGGAUAAAGUGAUGAUGAUGCUUCCUUUAGAGUCUCUUCUUGAGAAAUAUUAACACGGGAGCCAAAUAAACACAUCGGAACUAAAAUA